CCUCUGGCUCCUUCUUCCUCCGCAUGUGGCUGGCGGCCGCAGAGCAGUUCGAUCCGCGCCCCGUUCGCCGGCCGCGUCCGCUUCGGGCUCUUCUCGCUUCGCUGGAGCCAUGUCGUUUGCCAAAGCCAACGCGGGGGCGUCCUCUCUGCCCAACGGCGACUGCGGCCGCCCGUCGGCGCGGCCCGGAGGGAACCGGGUGACGGUGGUGCUCGGCGCGCAGUGGGGCGACGAAGGCAAAGGGAAGGUGGUGGACCUGCUGGCGCAGGACGCGGACAUCGUGUGCCGCUGCCAGGGAGGAAAUAAUGCUGGCCAUACAGUUGUCGUAGAUUCUGUGGAGUAUGACUUUCAUCUUUUACCUAGUGGAAUAAUUAACCCGAACGUGACCGCAUUCAUUGGAAAUGGUGUGGUAAUCCAUCUGCCUGGAUUGUUUGAAGAAGUAGAGAAAAAUGUUCAGAAAGGAAAAGGUCUAGAAGGUUGGGAGAAAAGGCUCGUUAUAUCUGACAGAGCUCACAUUGUCUUUGAUUUCCAUCAAGCAGCUGACGGCAUCCAGGAACAGCAGAGACAGGAGCAAGCAGGAAAAAAUUUGGGUACCACAAAAAAGGGCAUUGGCCCCGUUUAUUCUUCCAAAGCUGCUCGGAGUGGACUUCGGAUGUGUGAUCUCGUUUCUGACUUUGAUGGCUUCUCUGAGAGGUUCAAAGUUCUAGCUAAUCAGUACAAAUCAAUAUACCCUACUUUGGAAGUAAACAUUGAAGGUGAAUUACAGAAACUCAAGGGUUAUAUGGAAAAGAUUAAACCAAUGGUGAGAGAUGGAGUUUAUUUCCUAAAUGAGGCCCUACAUGGACCACCAAAGAAAAUCUUGGUAGAAGGUGCAAAUGCAGCAUUAUUAGAUAUUGACUUUGGGACUUACCCAUUUGUAACCUCUUCAAACUGUACUGUUGGAGGUGUUUGUACAGGUUUGGGCAUGCCUCCUCAAAAUGUUGGAGAAGUGUAUGGAGUUGUGAAAGCUUAUACCACUAGAGUUGGUAUUGGUGCCUUUCCUACAGAGCAAGACAAUGAAAUUGGAGAACUAUUACAAACAAGGGGUAGAGAAUUUGGUGUAACUACUGGAAGGAAAAGAAGGUGUGGCUGGUUGGAUCUUGUUUCACUCAAAUAUGCUCAUAUGAUCAAUGGAUUUACUGCGUUGGCCCUUACCAAAUUGGAUAUUUUGGACAUGUUUACAGAAAUUAAAGUUGGAGUUGCUUACAAAUUAGAUGGUGAAGUCAUACCUCAUUUCCCAGCAAACCACGAUGUCUUAAACAAAGUUGAAGUUCAGUACAAGACUCUCCCAGGAUGGACCACAGACAUAUCAAGUGCAAGGACGUUUAAAGAGCUACCUGUUCAUGCACAAAAUUACGUGCGCUUUAUCGAAGAUGAGCUUCAAAUUCCGGUGAAAUGGAUCGGUGUGGGUAAACCCAGGGAGUCCAUGAUUCAGCUCUUUUGAGGAUUGCCAGUGGCUCAGGAAGCACUCCUAGAGAGACAGGGAGAAGCCUUCCUUAAGUAAUUCCUUCAUCACCUGCAAGUCCAUGAGUAAGGACGUGGAAGUGAGUGUGUCCAGGCUUUCGGAGGACGGCUGCCGUGGACAACUGCCGAGUCAUUGUCGCUCCUGCUGCUCUGUCAGUGUGUAGUUAUAGGAAGAUCCUUGUCACUUUCAAUGGCGUUCUCCUCAUUCCUGUCAUUGUGUGUUUCUUAGUUUUUCCCUGAGUGAACAGUAGUAACAAUUAAUGCAGUUUUGCACAAAUAUUUUUACAUUCUGAUCAUUCAGUUUGUUUCUUUUCAUAGCCUUUGCUGUUAGAGAAAAUGAUGGAAAGAUAGGGUUCUGUAAACUUUUAUGAUGCUGUACUUUCUGUUUAAGUUGCAAACUGUUUAUUUUCUGCGAGACCAUUGUAAAAUUGGGCUUUGGAGCAGGAAGGGUUAUUCACAGGUCUUUUAAUUUGUACAGAACGUACUUCUCUCUGCAAGUUAUUUAAUACAUUCAAUGUUCAAAGAGAAAAGAUGUUUCCCCAAAACAACAACCUUAAUGUUAAAAAAAAUUAGUCAUUAAAAGGCCUGUUAUGAUAUUUGGUGGAUAUUUUUCUUUAGUUCCAGACAUUAACUGAAAUGUAUUAUUUUUCCUUUUUUAAAAAUCAUACAUUAUUUCUAAGUCCAGUGGACUGCUUUUUCAACAUUGUGCCUGCCAGUGUACCUCGGGCACAUGCAGUGUCCAGGGAACUCAUACUGUUGGCCAUAAUUUUGACCAUGCCUUCGUUUCUCCUUUCUGGGGGGAGAAAAGGUAUUAUUUCGACAGUUAGGCUUAACAUACCGUGUUGCAGAUUGUUCUUCCAUGAAUUGAAAUGUUUAAAUUAGGUGCCACUUAAAUUUAUUUUAUUAUACCAUCAAUAGCUGAUUAAAAAACCAAAUAUUUCUAGUAUGCUUUGUGUAUUGGGUUUUUUUUCUGGUAGUAGUUAUACCGUUGUAACACUCUACAUACUUUAUGCUAGUAA